AUGGAAAGCUACAACCGAUUCGCGGUCGCUGAAGUCCUCUCCAAAGAUGGUGUAGUCCUAAAAGUGUUGAGACUACUCCCCGUUAUCCUGACCACGGUCUUAUUCAUGAACCGUGUGGCCCAGUUCUACGCUAUCACUACAUUUAUGCCGCCUCACAUGCCUCACGCUCCGGCAUCCUCCACAGCCAGCAAACGUAUCAACGCUGCUCCCGUCCUCAAGAUAUGGUUGCGAACGUCCGUUGCCCGAGUGUUUCCGGGAGUUUUGGCUGUCGUCAUGCUACUGAGGUUGACUCUGCUCCUCAACAUAUUUGUCCGUCCCAGCGACUUCGGAUUCGGUUACGGACGCAUAACGUAUGGACUUUCCUUCAUCUUGAGCUUUGCCCAUCUACCGCUGGCUCCAAAGAUGCUGCGCAUCGAGAACAGAAUGAAGAGUCCACAGACUGGCGACGAUGAGAUCGUCGGACUUCUACAGGGCUGGUUCAAGAUCAACAACAUACGUAUCUGGGCUGUCGACUUUCCGCUGUGGUUGGUCUCGAUCGCAGCAAUCGUCAACACCAUCAGGUUAUAA